AUGGAGGGCCCCGCCGCCGCGGCGCCCCCGCCCGUCCCGCCCGCCCCGGCGCCCGCCCCCGCCCCCGCCCACCCGACCGUGGCCGACGUGGUGGCGGCGACCCACGUCGGGGCCAAGCGGCGGCGGGCGGGCCUCGCACCUCCUCCUCUGCCGCCUCCCCGGCUCCCUCCCCGGCCACCGUCACCGCCCCGGCGCCCGCCCUCGCCGCCUCCCCGGCACCCGCCCCAGCCACCAAGAAGAGCCGGCCGAAGGCGGCCUCUCAUGGGCCGCGAGGGGCGGCCUCCAAGGUCGCCGGCUCGUCCCCGGCCGUGA